AUGGUGCAGCAGGCGGAGAGCCUGGAGGCGGAGAGCAACCUGCCCCGGGAGGCGCUGGACACGGAGGAGGGCGAAUUCAUGGCGUGCAGCCCGGUGGCCCUGGACGAGAGCGACCCGGACUGGUGCAAGACGGCGUCGGGCCACAUCAAGCGGCCGAUGAACGCGUUCAUGGUGUGGUCCAAGAUCGAGCGGCGCAAGAUCAUGGAGCAGUCCCCGGACAUGCACAACGCCGAGAUCUCCAAGCGCCUGGGCAAGCGCUGGAAGAUGCUGAAGGACAGCGAGAAGGUCCCGUUCAUCCGCGAGGCCGAGCGGCUGCGCCUCAAGCACAUGGCCGACUACCCCGACUACAAGUACCGGCCGCGGAAAAAGCCCAAGAUGGACCCCGCGGCCAAGCCGGGCGCCGGCCACAGCCCCGAGAAGAGCGCGGCGGGCGGCGCCAAGGCCGCCAAGGGCUCCGCCGGCAAGAAGGGCGGCAAGCCCAGGGCGCCCGCGGGCCCCGGCGCCAAGGCGGGCGCGGCGGGCAAGGCGGCGCCGUGCGGGGACCCGGGCGCGGGCGGCGCGGCCAAGGCGGCCAAGGGCGUGUUCCUGGACGACGAGGACGACGAGGACGAGGACGGCGACGAGCUGCCGCUGCGGAUCCAGCCGGAGCCGGACGAGGACGAGGACGAGCCGCCGCCCCCGCCGCCGCUGCUGCAGCCCCCGGGCCAGCCGGCGCCCCCGCCGCCGCCGCCGCUGCUGAGACGCUACAGCGUCGCCAAAGUGCCCGCCAGCCCCACGCUGAGCAGCGCGGCCGAGUCCCCCGAGGGCGCCAGCCUCUACGACGAGGUGCGGGCCGGCGCGCCCGCGGGCCCGGGGGCCGGCAGCCGCCUCUACUACAGCUUCAAGAACAUCACCCGGCAGCACCCGCCGCCGCCCGCGCCGCCCGCGUCCUCGCGCUCCGUCUCCACCUCCUCGUCCUCGUCCUCGUCCGGCGGCGGCGGCGGCGGCGACGACGCCGACGACCUGAUGUUCGACCUGAGCCUGAAUUUCUCGCCGGGCGCGCACGGCGCCGGCGAGCAGCUGGGCGGCGCGGCCGGGAACCUGGCCCUGUCCCUGGUGGACAAGGACCUGGAUUCGUUCAGCGAGGGCAGCCUGGGCUCCCACUUCGAGUUCCCGGACUACUGCACCCCCGAGCUGAGCGAGAUGAUCGCGGGGGACUGGCUGGAGGCCAACUUCUCCGACCUGGUGUUCACGUACUGA